GACUAGCGCUGCGCUGGGUGAGAAGCAGCGGAGAAGCUCCGUCCUCCGCGUUGCCGGCGGAAUCUCCGCGCGCCUCCCUCCCGCCUCUCAGGAGUAACUUCGGAGUAGCCCAGAGGCAGCCUCGGGAUUUCAGCGGAGCCUGCAGGGUGCUGUGGUCACCUUGCCUGUAGUGGAGCUGCCAUGUCGCUGAGCGUGAAUCUGACGGGCCCAGCUCCCUGGGGGUUCCGGAUUACAGGAGGAAGAGAUUUCAGAAAACCCAUCAUAGUAUCUAAGGUGAUAGAGCAGGGCAAAGCAGCCCUAGGUGACCUUCGAACCGGAGAUGUCAUAAUUUCCAUCAAUGGGGAGAGCACUUCUGAGAUGCUUAAUGUGGAGGCCCAGAACAAGAUAAAGCAGAGCCCUGGGCAGCUGCAAUUGCAAGUGGACAGGUCACAGCAGUUUUCUCCCAGCCAGACUAAUGGCGAAAGUUCCCCAGAGAUGUUGGCCAUACGAUUUCAGGAUGUGGUGAGAACUAGAGACAACGGUCAGAAUUCAGUGAGAUCUUCCUACUCAAGUCCAGCUUCCAUCAGUCCACGGCCCACCAGCCCCUACAGUCCUUCAUCUCCUGGGUAUAGACCCGGCAGCCCAUACAGCCCAAUGAGACCCAGUCUGUCCACUGAGGUCAGAGGGGAGCCUGUGAUAAACAGCCGCAGCUUCCAGUCAAUGGGGACUUCACUUCAGAGUCAGCAGGAGUCGAGCAACAGACAGAUACAAGAACAAAGGAACUUCACCCAUUCCAGGGUGUCUCCAGUGACAGUGCUGCCUCCAUUAAACGGCUCUCCAUCUCCUGGUGGAUACUCAUACUCCAACCCUUGGGAGAUCAGGAAGGACCAGGAAAGAGGUCCAUCUUCCUAUAACCGCAGUUACAGCUUGGAUUCCGAGCCAACCAUGUACCAUUUGGAAGGAGAUUCGGAGGUGUACAAGCUGAUGCAGGAAAACCGUGAAACAAGAGCUGUGCCACGGCAAUCCAGCACUUUCCGCUUGCUCCAGGUGGCUCUGGAAUUGGAUGAAAAAGAGGGAACAACAACACAAUUCCCCAGCCAGCUCUCUCCCAGUUUGCACAAGCCGGUCAGCAGCGCUGUGGCAGCGAGCAAUCAGAAGCUGCACAUCUGUGAGAAGUGUGACAGCCCCAUCACAUACCAGGCUGUGAGAAUCCAAGAGAACCGCUACCGCCACCCGUCCUGCUACGUUUGCACCGACUGUGGGCUCAACCUGAAGAUGCGCGGCCAUUUCUGGGUUGGCGAAGAGAUGUACUGCGAGAAGCACGCCCGCCAGCGCUACCAGAGCCCAGCAGAGGACGGCACCAUCCUGGCUGUCUAUUCCCAGUCUUAGAUGGGAGGGGAGCUCAAGAGGCUGAACGGGAAUGCCGUCCGACGGAGGUUUUCUGCCAGGGAUCUAAGCAAAGCUGCUUCUCACCAAACACGAUCCAGCUCUUAAAAGACAUCUGCAGGAAUGGAGGCCUCUGGUGCAAGACGGCAAGGGUCACCACCACCAUCUCAGCUCAGAAUGCCAUGCAGGGGCCUUUGGGGAAGGUGUUGAGGGAGGGAGAUGGGGUUCCUCAAGGCAAAUGGCCUUUUUUUUAUUUUUUAAAUUAGUUUAGGCAGGUUUCGGGCAUCCCUCUUCAAGGAACAAAUGCUUGCCGGCAUGGACAUUUGUCUUUUGGCCUCUCCAGAAAUGAUGACUUGGCUGAGCUUCCCACCGUGCCAAGUAGGCCUUGGUUCCUGGACUUCGGAGUGUGAUUGUUGUGCCCGUAUUAAUCCCGAUCUGCAGCCAGCAGCUCCCAGAAGCAAUGGGAGCUCUCUUAAUUCUUUGGUUCUGUGGCUGAAGCACUUCUGCCUUGCCCCCGUUGCCGGUCUCUCGCUGCCCCACCAUGCACAUCUAAGACUGAAGGGAAGUUGGAAUCUCCGGGUCCUGGAUGGCGUGGAUUCAGCUUUGAAGGCUGGCUUUCCCUGUGAUGCUUCUCUUAAGAUAUUAAGCCAGAUCUCUAUGUGAAUGAAAUAUAAUAUAUAUGUGUAUGUGGAUAAGGAUGGAUAAAACAAUCUUCCCCA